AUGACACGGGUUCCGACAACAUUGCCGCCGCCAUACACGGCGCUUCCUGGUACACCCGCUGGAUCUAUAAGACCAACGGCCGACCACUUCACCAAGACGUCCGAGAUCCUUGUCGGAACUGGCUCAAAGUCAACGCGCUUCCUCUUGCAUACCUCGCUGCUCACCCAGCAAUCUCCCUACUUCCGCGUCGCCCUCACAGGCCCCUUCCUCGAAGCCACAGACCAGUCUAUCCGCUUCGAUGACGUGUCCGUGGAAAUCUUCGAGCUCCUCGUCAGCUGGCUCUACACAGGCGCCAUCAAGCCGGUCCCUUUCAAAGACGGCAAACCCGCCUACUACACGCUGCUGCAUCUAUACAUCCUCGCGGACCGCUUCUGCUUCGAGGGCCUGCGCAACCACAUUGUGGAUAUGAUGGCGGACCUCGCUGACUCGACCAACAGCGUGCUCACGCCGUCGGACACGCGCAUCCUGUACAACGACAUCGACGAGGGUGCCAAGAUCCGCCAGCUCGUGCUCGACCUGUUUGCGUUCAAGAAGACGGACAAGCUUCUCGCGACGCAUGCGGAUACCUGGCAUGCCAAGUUCCUGCGCGACUUGUGCGUACGGUUGAAGAAGCCGUGCAGCCAGGCCAUGCAGAGACAUCGCCUGAGGGGGUUCUUGCCGCUGAGCUGGCAUACGACGCGGUCAUGUGAAAACUGCAGGGCUGUGCUGCCGCCGAGGAUUGGGGCGGUGGGGUGCGAUGAGUGUUGUUGUGCGUGGUGUAUACGAUGUUACGAGGAGGGGGUUGGGGUGGCGAGUUGGGAGGAUGGAAGGGGCGGAGUGCUGGAUGGGGGGGACGAAGGAAAGGGUGUGGCGAGGAGGAGGAAGGCGUGUUAUGGGCGGCGGUGGGAGAGCUGCAAGCCGUGGAGGGGGAGCAGGUGCGUGGUGUACCAUGAGCACAAGGAGACAGAGGCCUGUGGUGAUGUCUUCAUGGGAAGAUGA